AUGUAUCAUCAGAAUCCACCACCUGAGGCAGUCCUUGCUGCGUUGCCAUCAUCUACUGCAAUAAAAAAUCGUAAAUGGUUUUCCGCAGUUCCAUUAAUUGCUUUAUGCUGUCUUGGGAUAUCAGGUUUCCUGUUAGUAGCAACUAUUGUUUUAGCCUUGAUACCUGUGUAUCUACCAAAACGUGCUAGUGGAACAGUGGUAUUUGAAGCUAAUCAAACAUCAUUGGAAUUUUAUCUGCUAUAUAUGGUAAUUAAUGACGGAACAAAACGAGAAAUACGUGAAAAACGUGGAUAUUUUGAUGAUCCAAAAACUAGUUCUACACAACAAGAACAAGAGCAGACAGCCGCACAAGUGAGUUACCGGAGUAGAGAUUGAUUGUUAGAAGUUGAGUUAAAACACAUUCCACGAGUUCAUCGAGCAGCUUGCUACAGAACGCAAAACACGAAAAAAUGUAACAUCUCUUUUUCAUUCGACUCUCCAUCCAAUUUUAGGGGUAC